GCGGGAACAGGAAAUGGGGUUGAGCCUAGUUCCGUGCGCAAGGCGGCCGCGGUGAGGAGCAGAGCGCAGCGGCUAGAAGCUGGUGGGGUACAGCCGCGAUGUUCCGUAUCGAGGGCCUUGCGCCCAAGCUGGACCCCGAGGAGAUGAAACGGAAGAUGCGCGAAGAUGUGAUUUCCUCCAUACGGAACUUCCUUAUCUACGUGGCCCUGCUGCGAGUCACUCCUUUUAUCUUAAAGAAAUUGGACAGCAUAUAAAGAUUGGACAUCACAUGUGAACGCAUGAUAUGAAGAACCUGGUUACAGUUUCUACUCUGCAAAUGAAUAGCCCAGAAAGAUGUAAGAGACUCUUUGACUGACUGGACAUAAAACUUCUACUUGUUAAGAACAAGUUUGGCUCUGGUAACUGACCUUCAUAGCUAAAAUAUAAAAACUAUUUGGGAAGUAUGAAAGAUAUUUUAUGGCCAUAGUAUGUCCUUAAUACCUGUGAUAUUCAGCCUCCAUGAAUGUUGGUGUAAUUGUAAAUAAUAUCAAACUCCAUUUCCUAGCAAAUAUUAAUUAUGACAGGGAAUUAUGUCUGCAGUGGCCCUGUCUUGUCAGUCAUUUCUGUUUACCUUUUUACUUCUGUCUGGAAUAUAUUUGGUGAAGAGCUCCUUAUGAUUAGUUAUGUUUUAUGGAAGCCAGUGCACAGACAACCACAACAACAUUUAAGCACAGGACCAUUAGUCUAUAUUUUUAAUAAAUGUACCAAUUAAGAAAAA